GAGAGAGAGUAGAGUGGUGAAGGGGAAAGUGCUUUCUUCUCUGCGGGGGUUCAACAACCAACUACUUUUUUUUUUCUUCUUGGCCAACAAAUGCUGUUUAAUGAACCAUCAAUUCAUUUAUCUCCUCUCUCUCUCUGUCUCUCUGGCUGCUUUUUUUUCUUUCUUUCUAGGUUUUAAAAUUUAAGAGAGGUAAUCCCACACGCUUUGAUCAAACGAAACACAACUAAAGAAGAAGGGUACUUUCGUUCCAUCCACGAACCCACCCUUUAAGAUACGAUGUGCCAUCAUCCUAUUCUGUUGCCUUUGCAAGUUUAGGAAUUAACCUUCUUUGGCUCCCACAAUUUUUCACUUGGCAGUUCAUUCUUUCUAAUGGCAAUAUUCUCCACUCUACUACUUUACUUCGGAUACAUCGUACAUGUAUAAAUAAAUACACACCCUUUUUUUUUCUUCUUCGAUCUUCAUCCUUCACCGUUCAUUUCUGUACUACUCGAACUCGGUAAGCCUCUCUUUGUUUAUGUGAUCUGCAUUGCAUGCAUAUGCAAAUGGGUGUCAUGGGCAAGGCAAGAUCCGUUGCAGCAACGAGUGGGAGAAUAUUGAACGAGGCAGUGAGCUUCGUUGCUUUCUGCGUGCUCGACCUUGUCGAUUUUCUUCUAUGUUUUGUUUUCAAAGCUGUGGAUUUGUGGGUUGAGGCAGAGUUCAGACCCUGCUAUUGCUCCUCGGCGAAGGAAGCAAUAACGAGCAGUGGGAAGAUCUUGGUUUCAGAGCAAGGUGGAGAAUCCAAGAUCGUGUCCCUUCUUAGCUCAACGAAGCUUCAGUUGGAGGACAUCUCUGAUACCCUCUACUCUAGACCCUCUUUGGUCUCUGAGGUCUCGAGGCUAACCAUUAAUGAGCUUAAGAGGCUCAAGUUGGAGGACCCGGUUUUGCAGUCCAAGAGAGGAAACUCGCGCUGUUCCACGUUCACUGUCAACACCACCAUUGUUGAAAUGCUACAGGGUAAGAUUGGAAGACACCUUACUCACCCCAUUCCUAGAUGGUCUGACUGUGAUUGCAAACUAUGCACAAGUUGGAUCUCAACUCCAUCCUCUCCUCAUGAUAAUACCACCAAUGCCAAAGCCACUCUCUUUGUUAAGUCCCAAUGCCCCAUCACAGAUGAAGGGGGAGAAGAUGUGGUGUUCAUACAUGGGUUCAUAUCAUCGUCAUUAUUUUGGAGCGAGACAGUGUUCCCAAACAUGUCGAGUGCAGCAAAGUCGUGUUACCGGUUAUUUGCGGUUGAUCUGCUUGGGUUUGGGAGGAGUCCAAAGCCGAGCGAGUCGCUGUACACAUUAAGAGAGCAUUUAGAGAUGAUAGAGAGGUCGGUGUUGGAGGCCCAUAAGGUUAAGUCCUUCCACAUUGUGGCCCAUUCCCUUGGAUGCAUUCUAGCACUUGCCCUUGCCGUCAAACACCCUCAAUCUGUCAAGUCACUCACCUUGCUUGCCCCGCCCUUCUAUCCGGUGCCAAAGGGUGAAACACAGGCUACUCAAUAUGUCAUGAGAAAGGUUGCUCCAAGGCGCGUGUGGCCACCCAUGGCGUUUGGAGCGUCCUUGGCAUGCUGGUACGAACACAUAACUAGGGUCAUUUGCUUGCUCAUUUGCAAGAACCACCGUCUCUGGGAAUUUCUAGCCAAACUCAUCACUCGAAACAGGGUCAGGACGUUCUUGCUUGAAGGGUUCUUUUGCCACACUCACAACGCGGCAUGGCAUACCCUACACAACAUUAUAUGUGGAACCGCGGGGAAAAUUGGAUCCUAUUUGGAGGCUGUUAGAGAAAACCGUAAUUGCAAAGUGACCAUAUUUCAUGGCAAAAACGAUGAAGUGAUCCCAGUUGAAUGCAGCUACGAGGUGCAAAAACGAAUUCCACGUGCCCAAGUUAGAGUUAUUGACAACAAAGACCACAUAACUAUUGUUGUUGGAAGACAGAAAGCCUUUGCUCAAGAGUUGGAGGAGAUUUGGGGCACUACUACUACCAACCCCAACUAGAUAAUUACUAUAUGCUGCACGUUGUGCCAAUGCACUUACGUCCAGACCUACAACUACUGGAUUAAAUUUAUGUUCAAACUUUCCCUCUGUCGUCAACCCCAAGUGUUUGUAUCUUUUUCUUAUAAGAAAAAUGUCUAUUUAACACUAGUUUGGAUAAUUAAAUCACAUAACCUGCUAUAAAGCAAAAGAGAGAAGUAUGAAUCAAGUGUAAUAAGAAGUGAUAUAUAUCAAAAUAGUGGAACUCUUUAUAAAUCGCAUAUAAGGGGAAUGCAUCCUCUAGAGUAACUUUAUUAUUA